UGCUACAUGUGCGACUACUAUGCAGAACACUGAGCUCAAAAUACUCGUGCAGAAGGAGGGACUCGACCAAAAGGGGAAGUGAUGUUACAUUGAAAAGAGCGCAGCGCUCACUACAUAGCUUCAUGGGUUAAAGGGAAAUUUUGAAAGUACAGUAUAGUAAGCGCAACCUCAAGGAAGUGAAGCAACAAGUUGCUAGUUAUCUGGCUAGCUGCAUGUAGCCCUUUAUCACCGAAGUAUCAACGAACCAUUUGAAAUUGGCGAUAGCGGUCAGAAAUAGGUGCUCACUAUGUCUGAUGGGGACUACGACUACCUCAUCAAAUUCCUUGCCCUUGGUGAUUCUGGGGUGGGCAAGACCAGCUUCCUGUACCAGUACACAGAUGGCAAGUUCAACAAUAAGUUCAUCACCACCGUGGGCAUAGACUUCAGAGAGAAAAGGGUGCUGUACAAAGCCAAUGGCCCGGAUGGGAACACGGGGAGAGGACAGAAGAUUCACGUCCAGCUGUGGGACACUGCAGGACAGGAGAGGUUCAGAAGCCUGACGACAGCUUUUUUUCGAGACGCGAUGGGUUUCCUCCUCCUGUUCGAUCUCACCAAUGAGCAGAGUUUCCUCAACGUCAGAAACUGGAUGAGUCAGCUACAGAUGCAUGCGUACUGUGAAAGCCCAGAUAUCGUGCUAUGUGGUAACAAGUGUGACCUGGAGGAGCAGAGGGCGGUGAAGGAGGAGGAAGUGCGCGACCUGGCAGAUAAGUUUGGAAUCCUGUACUUUGAGACGAGUGCGGCGACCGGGCAGAACGUUGAGCAUUCCGUGGAGGUCCUGCUGGACCUCAUUAUGAAGAGGAUGGAGCGCUGCGUGGACAAGUCCUGGAUCCCCGAUGGCACGCUGCGGUCCAACGGUCACGGCGGCAACUCCGAGAAGAUCACAGAGGAGGCCAACCAAAACAAGAGCAAGUGCAGCUGUUAGUGUAUCCAUGGCAGUGCCCGGACUAUAGUUCCCCCUCUCUAAUGCUGGGAGGAAAGGAGGCAGGCGUGGGCACUGGGUUUUGAAAGCAAGAGCAACGUGGGGGAGGGGAGGUGGGCAUAUCACCUGUUCACCAGUUGUGACAUUGGAGGUUUUAAGGAAGGCCAACAAAAUAGGGAUUUGUGUUAAGCAAUGUGUUUGCUUUCAUUGUUACUUUGUAUUGCAUUACACAAAUCCUCGUUUUGUAAGCCUCUUUUUUUUAGAAAGGCCAGCAAAAUGGGGAUUUGUGUAAAGCAAUGUGUUCACUCUCAUUGUUACUACAUUUCAUUCCCAUGGUGUUUUUCAGAGCAUUAUUAAAUCCAUCUUUUGUUCAUAAGAUGGCUUUACUGUUACUAUCCACUUUAGCUUGAGUCCUUACUGUUACUGCUCAUUCAGAGUACACAGCAUUAGUGUACAUUACAUAGUAACACAGAAUGCCUUCAAAAGUUGAGUUAACAAAUCCCAGAAUGGAAAUGUGCUAUAAUCAUCAGGUGGCAAGUUAUCCAUGUCACAGUGCCAUUGUUGUGCUGCGUUUAUUGUACACACUAUGCGUAUUUAAACAGGUAAUGCAGGAAGGCUUAUGAUAGAAAUCUUGAUUCAGUGCUGUACAUUUUUACUUCUAAAUCACAAAGCUGUUCUUAACAUUCUCGCAUGCCAUGAAAAUCUUGGAAUUACAGAAUCAUUUGAAUCAGUAGUGAUUGUGCGUGAUGACAUAUGUGGAUAACACAUAUACAGGGUUCCCUGUACAUAUUAGCAACAGAGGACACAAUAAUCAAUAGCAGGUUUAUCUGUCAGUACUCUGUAAUUUAAUGGUGAUUCGUAGGGGGGUUGUUAGUCUGGGUUUCGUACCGAACUUCAGCAUAAAUCAAAACGGAUUUUACUAUGUGCCUAACAUCUACUGUAAUGUUGCUAACACUGUAUAAAUGCCAAAACACACUCAAUGCCAUAUGUAAUAUGUACCAAAUAUUCUUUAUUCAAGAAAAUAUAUAUUUUAUUAUUUAUUCAAAUAAAUAGUCGCAAAGUCACAAACUUUUCAUUAUCUUUUCAUUUCCCCCACUGUUACAGCUUGGAUAUGAUUUCCCUUCAGUCAUGUUACUACCAGCUUCUUCUGUUUGGAAGAUGUUUUCUGAAUCUAAAUGCAAACCACAUGUUGAAAUACACAGUAUUCCAUAAUUGUUAAUCAAUGAGAUACAUGACUGAAGAUGAUUAUACUUUAUGUUGCAAAACAACCCACAAAUAUAACGACGAUUUCAAGCAUAUUACUGCUUUUACAAUUGUUUCUUUUUCUUUAAUUCUUUCGGAGUGCUCCUGUGUGGCUGUGUUGUGUAAAUUUUUUUGCAGCAAAAAAAUUCAUCACAGAUGAAUGCUGCUCAGAGCACCAGGAGUCCAGGUAUUUACUGUGUAUAUAGCGCCAGAAUGGGCCAAAUCAGACUAAGAAAUCUAAACAAGGAGUGGUAACAUUGAGUUGUUUCUUAAGAGUAAGACUAAGACAAAAAAACACGCUCAUAAAUGUUUUUAAAAUGUUAUUUUUAGAUUUUUUUUUGGUAAUGUUGCAAAUCAUGUUUUCAACACUAGGUGAGGAAAUGUAUCGUUAUGCAUAUGCACAUUUGAGCACUUUUAUGAUAUGUUAUCCUUAGAGUCAUUCAGGGGUUUAGUGACUUGCUUUC